AUGGCCAAUCCUGUUAAGACCAUGGAGGGUCUUCAAAAUACAGCCCUCAAAGACCUUAAAGGCACCGAGAAGCGAGAUUCUCUGAUCGCUCUCGAGAAGAAAUAUCAACAGGAAUGGGAGCAGCAGGGUCUCUUCGAUGCCAACCCACCGUCAACCGCCGAAAUACCUCUUCAUUCCAUCACCGCUGCUGAGCUGCGAGAGAAGUUUCCAAAGUUUUUCGGAACCAUCGCUUUUCCGUACACAAAUGGGCGCCUCCACGUCGGCCACGCAUUCUCCUUCAGCAAGGUCGAGUUCCAUGUCGGCUUUCUUCGCAUGAAGGGUAUCAAUGUCCUAUGGCCGCAGGGUUAUCAUUGCACAGGUCUUCCAAUCAAGGCAUGCGCUGAUAAGCUGUGCAAAGAGGUUGAGAUGUUUGGCCAGGAGUUCGAGAAAUAUAGGGAGGACGAAGAGCCCGUCGCUGAAGCCGCAGCCAUCCCAGCCCAGAGAGAGAGAGAGGAUGUUACCAAGUUCACUGCCAAAAAGGGCAAGGCUGCUGCCAAGUCAGUCAAGAUGAAGUACCAGUUCCAGAUCAUGCAAGCCAUGGGCAUUCCGCUACAACAAAUACAUCUCUUCGCUGAUCCAGCGUACUGGCUCGAGUACUUCCCCCCUCUCUGCAAACUUGACCUUAGCAACUUCGGCAGUAGAAUCGAUUGGAGGAGACAAUUCGUCACCACAGAUGCCAACCCAUACUUCGACGCAUUUGUUCGCUGGCAGAUGAUUCGGCUGAAGGAACUUAAUAAGAUCAAGUACGGGAAGCGCCACACAAUUUACUCCAUCAAGGACGGCCAGCCAUGCAUGGACCAUGAUAGAAGCGAAGGUGAAGGCGUCAAUCCACAACUCUACGUGGCAAUCAAGAUGCAGGUUCUCGAAUUCGCCUCGAAGGCCCAGGAGACGCUUCAAGGGAAAUUGCCCGAAAACGCCAAAGUCUUCCUUGUUCCGGCAACCCUGCGAGCAGAGACAAUGUAUGGACAAGUUGCUUGCUUCGUUUCCCCCAAGGUCACCUACGGCGUCUACGAAGCAGCCCCUAAUGAGUACUACGUUAUGACCGAAAGGGCCGCCAAGAACAUGGCUUACCAAGAGAUAUUCGCCAAAGAAGGUGUUAUCAAAAAGAUAUCUGAUAUCCAGGGAUCAGAUCUCAUUGGCUCUUUAGUGAAUGCCCCCCUGAGCUUCCACAAAGAUGGCGUCCGGGUUCUACCCAUGGAGUCAAUUCUCGAGACCAAAGGGACGGGCGUGGUGACGUGCGUACCAUCAGAUUCCCCCGACGAUUACGCCACAAUCUCGGAUUUGGCUAAGAAGGCAGAGUAUUAUAAGAUCAACAAGGAGUGGGCAGAAUUAGAAAUUAAACCCAUUAUCAGGACACCCACUUCUGAUUUGCUCGCCGUCGAACUAGUCAAGAAAUUAAAGAUCGCAUCUCCAAAGGAUGCCAAGCAACUGAAGGAGGCCAAGGAAUUAGCAUACAAGGAGGGCUUCUAUCAGGGCCAUAUGCUUGUAGGAGACUUCAAAGGCGAAAAGGUGGCGGAUGCGAAGCCUAAAGUCCGGGCGCAACUGAUUGAGGCCGGCCUCGCCUUCGAAUAUGCAGAGCCCGAAAACAAGGUCGUCAGCAGAAGUGGUGACGAGUGUACGGUGGCUCUCAUGGAGCAGUAUUAUAUCGACUACGGAGAAGAAUCAUGGCGCGCCACUGCCACCGAAUACGUCGAGAACAAAGACGGAAAUGGUCUUAACACCUAUUCGAGCGAUGCUCGUAAUGCGUUCUUGGGCGUGCUUGACUGGCUCAAGCAGUGGGCGUGCGCAAGGACAUAUGGCCUAGGCUCACGACUCCCCUGGGCACCGGAGUUUCUAGUAGAAAGCUUGAGCGACUCAACGAUCUACAUGAGUUACUAUACGGUAGCUCAUUACCUCCAUAGUGAUAUAUUCGGACGAGAAAAGGGUAUUGGCGACAUCACACCAGAUCAAAUGAUCGACGAGGUUUGGGAUUAUAUCUUUAGCCGCACCGAGCUCGCAGACGAUAUCCUAGCCAAGUCAAAAAUUCCCAGAGAGACUCUUGAGGCGAUGCGUCGUGAAUUUGAAUACUUUUACCCCCUAGACUUGCGGGUGAGCGGUAAGGACCUUAUCAACAACCACCUUACCUUCGCUCUUUACAACCACAUCGCACUCUUCCCUCGGGAAUAUUGGCCCAAGUCUAUCCGAGUGAACGGCCACCUCCAGCUCAAUGGAGAGAAGAUGUCUAAGAGUACCGGCAACUUUAUGACUCUCGACGAUGUCGUGAAGAAGUUCGGUGCCGAUGCUUCCCGAAUCGCUCUAGCAGACGCUGGUGACACGAUCUCGGAUUCCAAUUUCGUCGAGGAUGUUGCCGACAGCACCAUCCUCCGACUGCACUCCCUUAGGGAAUGGUGUGAGGAGGUCGCCCAGAACCAAGACCUCCGGACCGAGAAGAAUGAUUUCGAAGAUGCACUAUUCGACAACGAAAUGAACACGCUAGUGCAGGAAGCUAGGCGACACUACGAGGACACAAACUACAAAAUGGCUCUGAAGUCGUGCUUCUACGAUCUCAUCAACGCCAAGGACAUCUACAGGGCAACUUGUGUAGCGGCAGGAAUCCCGAUGAACAAGGACUUGGUCUUUAAAUAUAUCAGGCUACAAGCCCUGUCCCUCACACCUAUCGCACCGCACUGGGCCGAGUACAUUUGGCUCGAGAUACUCCACGAAGCCCGAACAGUACAACUAGCUCGAUGGCCCGAGGUGCCGGAAGCUAACGCCAGCCUUGCGGCGGCCCGCGCCUACGUGCUCGCGACGCAGUCCAACGUCACGUCGGCGGAAUCGGCGCAGGUAAAGAAGAUGGCCAAGGGAAAGCAGAUGAGCUUCGACCCGAAGAAACCCAAGAGACUGACGAUCUACAUAACCAAAGAGUUCCCCAAGUGGCAGAAUGAGUGCAUCGAGCUAGUAAAGGAGACGUGGGAUCCGACGACCAUGACGCAGAAGUGCACCGAUAAGGAGCUUAGCGGCCGGGUAGCCAAGAUAGGUAAGGUGAAGGAGGCUAUGCCGUUUGUGCAGCGUCUGAAGAAGCGCCUCCGCGACGGGGAGCCGGCCAGCGAUGUGAUGGAACGCAAAUUAGCUUUCGACGAGUCCAAGACAGUCGUGGCUAUGGUACCUAGCCUGAAGCGGGUAGCAGGGCUAUCAGCCGUCAAUGUCUUGUUAGUAACCGAAGGCAGUAAGACGGCCCCUGAUCUCAUUCACGGAGGUGAGGUAGACGUCAAGUCUCCUUUUGCCGAACAAGCCGUACCGGGCCAGCCGUCUUUCUUGUUCGAGAAUAUCGAGACGUAG